AUAACCUGCUGGAGAAAAGGUGUUCCACGUUAUUGUGCCAUUGUAGCACGUGUGCAGAAGACCAGAAGCAUUCACAGCAGUUAGUUAGCACUCAAAGGAAACUAACAUGGUGUCCAUGUGCCGUCAGAUGCUGGGCUAUGGCCUGGGCAUCGUUGGAUUCUUGGGGACGAUCAUUGUUUGUGCCCUUCCCAUGUGGAGGGUAACAGCUUUCAUCGGAGCCAAUAUUGUGACAGCGCAGAUCAUAUGGGAAGGCUUGUGGAUGACCUGUGUCAUGCAGAGCACAGGCCAGAUGCAGUGUAAGAUCUACGACUCCAUGCUGGCACUUCCCCAGGAUCUGCAGGCUGCCCGAGCUCUGAUCGUCAUCUCCAUCGUCGUCUGUGUGUUCGCCAUGAUCCUGGGAAUCUCUGGUGGCAAAUGCACCAACUUUGUGGACAAAGAGAACACCAAGAUCAAGAUGGCCAUUGCCAGUGGUGUCACUUUCAUCAUUGCUGGAGUCCUGUGCCUCAUCCCAGUCUGCUGGUCUACCAACACCAUCGUCCAGGACUUCUACAACCCCAUCCUGACCAGUGCUCAGAAGAGGGAGCUUGUGGAAAUGGCUUCAAUGGGGCUACAGAUGCUGGGGUGCGCACUAGCUUUAAUCGGCUACAUCGGGGUGAUCUUGGUCUGUGGUCUGCCCAUGUGGCGAGUCACGGCCUUCAUCGGAAACAACAUUGUGACAUCCCAGAUCUUCUGGGAGGGCAUCUGGAUGAGCUGCGUGGUGCAGAGCACAGGUCAGAUGCAAUGCAAGGUCUACGAUUCCAUGCUCGCUCUGACUUCGGACUUGCAGGCUGCCCGCGCGCUAAUGGUCAUCGCACUGGUGGUGGGCAUCGCUGGGAUCUUUAUGGCCUUUGCUGCUGGCAAGUGCACCAAUUUUAUUUCUGAAGGGAAUGGCAAAAGUAGGGCAUCUAUUGCUGCUGGAGUUGUCCUAAUCAUCGCAGGAGUCCUUACCCUCAUUCCCGUGUCCUGGACGGCCACCAGUAUCACAAGAGAUUUCUACAACCCCUUACUGGUUGACGCCCAAAAGCGUGAGCUGGGGGCUUCACUAUACAUCGGAUGGGGGGCUGGAUUUCUCUUGGUGCUAGGAGGGGGACUUCUCUGUAGUUCCUGUCCAUCCAAAGAGGACCGUGCUCCAUCCAUCAAGUACCAGACGGUCAAGUCUAAAAUAUCCAGUGUAAAUAAUUCAGUGCCCAGCUAUGUCGCGGCAUCACAGAGGUCUGCAACUCCCACGAAGACCUACAUCUAAAAUCAUGUGAAAGACUUUAUGCAUAAGACAUUGCACGAAAUACUUAACGUCUAUUUGUAGUUUGAAGACUUUUAUAUAUUUCAACUGUCCAAUAUUAUUUGAAUUUCUGUAGCGUUUCCACACUAUGAAUUAUGUAUAUGUGCACAAUGUUUUUAUAUGUUUUAUGGCACCUAUAGGGCCAACCAUACAUUGUGAUGUUUAGAUACUCUGCUUUGGCAAUAAAAAAAGGCUAUUUAUA